AAUUUGUUAUAUUUAAAAAAAUCCAAUCGAUCAUUUAUAAUAAUUUCCGGGUGAAAAAUAAUUAUGACAAAAUUACUAUUUUUAUUUUCGGUGUUAAUUGGAGUACUGACGAAUUCGACUGUCUCUAUUGCAAAGAAAAUACCAUCAAGUUCUUAUUUUUCCGAAAGUUGCAGCUCAAAUCGCGCUCUGUGUAAUCCAAAUCUUCCGCAACCCUGCUGUGACUCCAACAACAAGUGCAUCAAUGUUUAUCGAACUAAACUUGAUGCAGAACUUUAUGUCUGCUUAAAAGAAGCCAAGUUGGGAGAUACUUGUGAAAACUGGUUCGACUGUGAAGCAAUAAUUGAAGCAAAAUGUUCAGAAGACAGCACAUGUGCUUGCAAUAAGUUUUCUUCAGAGUGGAAUGAUACGAUCUGUUUAUAUCCUACAGUGGAAGAACAAUUGAUUCCUGAACUUCAGAAUAAUUAUCAUUUCGAUGAACGCAACAGAUUGUAUUUCGUAAAGACUAAUUUUGUUUCCCAGUCUGGUUUUAACAGAAAAUCAGAAAUACAAUACGGAGAAAAAUGCGUUGAUGAUGAUCAAUGUUCAGAGUUAGGUGAUCGAGGUCUGGUUUGUGCUGUGUCUCUCAAGGGAUCACAUGAAUGCAAAUGUCCAGAGUGGAUGAAAUUUGAUUUGGAAAUUGGAUAUUGUACAGACAUUACGGAGUUGCCUGAUUUAAAUCAUGAUUCAAACCUAACUAAUUCUGAAGUAGAGAUACUAGACGAAAAAGAACUUAACGAAGAAUAUGAAGAUUUUCCCUAAAAAAAAAUGUUAAAA